AUGGCUGAAAGUGUUGGUACUAGUUCUUCAAGAGCUUCUAAUGCAACCGGUUCUAUUCCAAUGACCACUACGUCUACCCCUUCACAAGUAAAUUCCGAAUCAUUAUGGAGACCGGCUUCGAAUGAUGUUGGUUGGGAGUAUGGGUAUUGUGAGGAUAUUACUAAGAGAAAUGUGGUUACUUGCACAUUGUGUCACACGAGAGUUAUUACUUGUGGAAUAACUCGAUUGAAAGAGCACGUAGCCGGUAUAAAGGGUAAUGUUGCCCCAUGUAAGAAAGCAAAUGAUGAAGCCAAAGCCAAGUGUAAAAAGGCUCUCUUAGAAGGGAAAGAAAAGAAAAAUACUUUGAAUGUCCAUGAUAUAAAAGUGAGGGAAGAAGUGCACUUGACAUCCCAAGAUGAGGAAGAUGAAGAAGAUAUCGGCAAGAAAAGAAAACAACAAGUUAUCAAUGACGCAUUUGGUAAGGAAAGAACACAAAGUGUGCAUGAAUAUUUGGCACGAUGGGUGUAUAAGAAUGGUAUUCCUUUCCAUGCUCUUGACAAUGAUAGUUUUAGAAGAUUUUGUGAAGCGGUUGGACAAUAUGGUCCGGGCUACAAACCUCCAAGCCAAUAUGAAUUAAGAGAACCAUUGUUGAACAAAGAAGUUGAGAGAACAAAGAAGGUACUUAAGAAUCAAGAAUAUGAGUGGGCAAAGACCGGCUGCUCAAUCAUGACAGAUGCUUGGAGUGAUGGAAAAAGAAGAAGCAUCAUGAAUUUAUGUGUGAAUUGUAAAGAGGGCACAACUUUCCUAUCUUCCAAGGAAGCUUCCAAUGACUCACAUACCGGUGAAUACAUUUUUACUUAUAUUGAGAAUUGUAUUCAAGAAGUUGGACCACAAAAUGUGAUACAAGUGGUGACGGACAAUGCUUCCAACAACAUGGCGGCGGCAAAGAAGUUGCAAGAAACAAGGCCUCACAUUUUUUGA